UUCUUUUCUUGCUUCUUUAUUCACACCAGCAGCUGGAGUAAAAGAACACAUCCGAGGACAGAAGAUCGGAAGGCAUGUCGUCUGAAAAACACGGGCUCGAUGACUCCGGCCGUCAGACCAUGCAGCCUCCUCCCUAUCUGCCCGGCCCACAAGACCCCAACGUUCCCCAGCACCCCAACAUGCCUCCGGCACCGGGCACGCAGCCCAACUACCCCCCUCCGCCUCCUCCUCCAGGCUCAGAGGGAUACCUCCAAGAGACUCAGUUCCACUGCGGACCAAUGGGACCUCCGGGGGCCCCGCAGGGCUACACCGUCCAGACCCAGGGCCCUGGAGGCACCAUGGCGCACCCCCCUGUGGGCUACCUCCACCCAGGAUACCCGCUUCAGCUGCAGCCCUGCACGGCUUACGUACCCGUCUACCCCAUGGCAUCAGGUCAACCCUACAUGCCGGCGGGGGGAGCCCACCCAGGGAUCCCACCGGGUCAGAUUCACCCCAUGCAAAUGCCGCCCAGCAUCACCCUGAUGGACCGUCGACCGCCUCACGACUAUCUGCCCAUCGCAGUCCUCACCACUGUCUGCUGCUUCUGGCCCACAGGCAUCAUUGCAAUCAUCAAAGCCGUGCAGGUGCGUACUGCGAUAGCCCGAGGGGACAUGGUGACGGCGGAAAUAGCCUCCCGCGAGGCACGCAACUUCUCCUUCAUCAGCCUGGCUGUGGGCAUCGCCUCCAUCGUGCUGUGCACCAUCCUCACCGUGGUUGUCAUCAUAGCCUCACAGCACCACGAUGACGACUGGGAACCCUAACUCCUGUGCCGAUCUCCUGAUGGGGCAUAUAUUUAGCUAG